UGCAACUGCAGCUUCAUGGCGAAACUGAUGACUGAGGCAUCCUCCUCCUCCUCCUCCUCUGCUUCUUCUUCAUCUGGAUCUUCUUCCAAUUUCGAUGUGUUUCUUAACUUCAGGGGUGAAGAUACUCGCAAAAACUUCACCGGAUUCCUUCACAAAGCUCUGAAAAACAGUGGAAUCAACGACUUCAUUGAUAGUGAAAAUUUGUGGGUGGGAGAAGCCAUAGGCCCAGCCCUCCUUAGCGCGAUUGAGGGAUCCAAAAUCUCAAUCCCUAUCUUCUCCAAAGGUUACGCCACUAGCAAAUGGUGUCUCCUGGAACUUUCUCAUAUACUUCAGUGUCACACAUCCAAUGCUCAAAUGGUCCUCCCCAUAUUCUUAGACGUUGAGCCAUCGCAUGUUCGAAAUCAGACUGGAAGUUUUGAAGGGCCGUUUCAAGAGCAUGAGAAGAAUUUUGAGCCCCAUACCGUAGAGAGUUGGAGGGAAGCUUUGAGAAAGAUAGGGGAUCUAAAGGGAUGGGUUCUCAAGGAAGACGCAAAUGAGGACCAAGCAGAGCUUGUUGAAUUAGUUGUCAAAAGGGUUCUGGGUGAACUAAUCAAUAGCACCCACUUGGCUGAAAGUAAAUACCUUAUUGGAAUAGAUUCCCAUGUAAAUCAUCUGUUAUCUUUAUUAAAUAUUGGUUCAAAUGAUGUUCAGUUCGUGGGAAUUUGUGGUCUCGGUGGCAUUGGGAAGACAACUAUUGCCAAGGCUCUCUACAAUCACAUCCUUUCAAGCUUUAAUAGACAUUGUUUUCUUUCAGACGUUAGAGAACAAGAAACACACUGCAAUGGUCUAGUAACUUUGCAGAAGCGUCUUCUUAAAGAUAUCUUUAAGGAAGACAUUGACAUAGCUAAUUGUCAUAAAGGAAAACAAUUCAUAGAACAAAAAUUUCGUACAGAAAAUGUUCUUCUUGUCCUUGAUGAUGUUGACAAUCAAGAACAGGUUGGUGCUUUGGCUAGUGAAGUGAAUUGGUUUGGUCAAGGAAGCAGGGUUAUAAUAACGACCAGAGAUGAACAUAUUCUUAAUGUGGCUAAAGUUGAUGGAGAUAAAAUAUACAGACCUCAAAUUCUGGAUCAUAAGCAAUCUCUUCAAUUAUUUAGUCUGCAUACCUUUUCAAGGGACCAACCUCCUAAAGAUUAUAUGCAACUUUCACAUGAUGUGGCAUGUUAUUCGGGAGGGUUGCCUUUAACUCUAGAGGUGUGGGGGUCUUACCUAUCGGACAUAUGCAAUAAAGGAGUGUGGGAAAGUACGUUACAAGAAUUGAAAAACAUUCCACAUGAAAAAGUCUUGAGAAGGUUGAAGAUAAGCUAUGAUAAUCUAGAAAAUGGUUAUCAUAAAGCUAUAUUUCUUGACGCUGCAUGCUUUUUCGUUGGAUGGGAGAAAGAAACUGUAUAUUCUAUAUGGGAAGGUUGUGGUUAUCAUCCUGAAUCAGUAAUAUUCAGAUUAAUUAAAAGGUCCCUUCUAAAAUUUGAAGGUAACCGCUUGAGGAUGCAUGAUCAAAUAAGAGACAUGGGAAGGAGCAUUGUCUUAGAAGAAAGCCUUCUGGAGCCGGGUAAGCGUAGUAGGUUAUGGUCUCAUGAUGAAAUCUUGGAAGUAUUAGAAGAAUACAAGGGAACUGAUAUGAUAAAAGGCAUGAUGUUUCCCGAUGUCUUUCCACGUAUUAAUUUGUAUAAUGAACACUUUGAGAUGAUGCACAAUCUAAGAUAUCUCGACAUUGGUAAUGCAAACUACAUGGGAGAUUUUUCACGCCUUCCUUCUGGGUUAAGGUGGUUCAAGUGGAUGGGCUCCGAUGGGGAUACUAUUCCACCAAUCAAUUUUUAUCAUAAGAGUCUAGUUUAUCUCGACCUAUCGGAGAGCGAGAUUAAACCAGCCUGGAAUGUGGAGCCUGAAGAUGAAAAUAAGGUAUAGCAUUUGUUUUUUUCUUUUCUCAUUUGAUUAUUAAUUUUCUGGAGAGUAUUGUAAAUAUAUACAUAUAUAUGUUUUCUCUUCGUUUUGACAGCGGUUCCAAAAGCUGAAAGUUCUCGAUCUUAGAUAUUGUCGAUUUCUAUCCAAGUCCCUUGACUUUUCAUGGUUUCCGAACUUGGAGCGAUUAUAUCUUGGAGGUUGUUAUUCCUUGGAUAAGUUAGACGAGUCCAUAGGGCAGUUGAGUCAGCUCAAAAGUCUUAUUCUAAGGGGUAAUCAAAUGAAGGAGUUGCCUAAGUCCAUUGGUGAUCUAAAAUCUCUAGUCGAACUUGACUUGUCGUGGGGGGCAAAAAUCGAAGAACUCCCAGAUAGCAUUUGCCGGCUGAGUUCUCUCAAAGAGCUUAGACUCCAAGAAUGCCACU